AUGUCAGAAGCUCGCCCCUCGCUCAAAAUCACCUUUGGCAAGAAAAAAGUGUCGGAGGAGCCACCUCAGAAUGCCCCUCCUGCUCCUGCGUCGUCACAAACCCCUCAGCGUAAGCUCACCCUAAAGAUCGCUCGAAAGCCUACGGAGGGCGUAGAGGAGGAGAAACCAAAAAAGAAAAGACCAUCAAAGAAGCGUCCUGCAGAAGAACCCGUGUUGAAAGGUUCAACUGCAAUCAACUUGGAGCAGCAGGAGCAGCCGUCUGGACCCAAACGCUUGAAGCUGAAUCCAUCCAAGAAGCCGGGCGUGCAGUCAAUUCGUAUAAAGAACAAGGGUCUAGUCCCUAACCGACCAGUGGGUGUUGGCUACGACUCAGAGGCCUCGGACACGGAAGUCGAUCCCUCCAUUGAAGAACAGUUCAUUUUACGCAUGCCUCCCGGAGAAGACUGCGAGUACUUACGACGUGCCAUUGAAGAGCGGCGGUUCGAUCGAUCGGAGUUUUCGUUUAAACCGUUAAAUCGUGAGGGCCGACGGGCGAUCUUCCGAGUUCGAGACAAACAGUAUGCUGCGGCCCUAGUGGACUUACCAUCCAUCGUCGAGGGGAUGAAGAGUUGGGACCGUCGCGGUUGGUACAAGUCGGCCGAUAUCUGCCAAAUGCUCCUCGUCCUGGGUCCUAUCUCCCACGAAAUGGAGGCCAUGGAGUACCCACUGCCCAGCGAGGUAGAGCACAACGAAAACAAGAAUUUCCUGUACCCUCAUGGCUUGGCCCCUCCCAUGCGGUGGGUGAGGAAGCGGCGAUUCCGUGAACGAAUCAGCACGCGCACGAUCGAACAGGUGGAGAAGGCAGUUGAAGAUUUGAUCGCACAAGAUGAGGCCUCUGUGUCUCCUCCCCGAUAUGAAUUAGUUGAUAGCGCAUCCUUAAAUCGUGCCGAGGGACUCGUACAGAGUGGGGCCUAUGAGGAAGAAGAGUAUUACGACGACGAACAGGACGCGGAGGGUGAAUUGGAUGAGGGCAUAGACGAAGCAGCGUUCGAAGACUUUGAGGAUACGCUUGUUGCCGAAAUGGAGGCCGCCUUGGCUGCCGGGGCCGAAGCCCAAACUGCAGCUGUGGGAGCAGCAGGCGGCGCAAUUGCUGGCGAUGGGUCAGUAUAUCACGCCGGUACGCCUACCGCGACUAAGCCAUCGACGCCGGCUGCCGACACAUCAGGAGAUGACAGUGACGGGUCGGAUGGGGAAGGUGAUGUGCCGGAAGAAGAACUGGACGAUGAACAGUUGGAGCAGCAACGCCAGAUGCAACAGCAGCGGGAGGAAAUUACGGAGUUGGAAGCACUGAUCCGAACUGAAACGGCGAAAUGGGAGAAGAUGCAGAACCACAUCCUGAAGAGCAAACUGGCCCGGCGGAUCCAGGACUUAAAGCGGGACUUGUCUUUGAAGAAGGUUUCUGUGGGCGAAGGCGAUGAUGCAGAUGAUUGA